UCAUAAUUCUUUUAACAUCCACAUAUUCACCAUACAAAUAAGUGCACUUUUGCAUGGUUUUGAGCAAUCAGAUGAGACCAUGUUUGUUAUUAUCUGAUUUAUGCAAAUAGUAUGUUUUCUUGGACAAAACUUGAAGUCCGCCUUCAAUUUUAACAUACCUUUUCCAUACUCACAUCAGUUUUGUUUAUAUAAAGGUUAUAGAUUAACCUGUCUUGUAAGUGUGGGUUAGAAUGGAUGGAAGUGAUAUAUACAAAGCAAGUAGCAGCUUGCGAGCAAGCAUUAGUGGACAAGUAAGAAGUAGUUUAAGAGCUGCGAGUACUUCUGUAUGGAGGAAUUCUGGUAUGGAUGCCUUUUCAAAAUCUGCUCGUGAAGAAAACGACGAAGAAGCUCUUAAAUGGGCCGCUAUUGAAAAGCUACCGACUUUUGAUCGUUUGAAGAAAGGCCUUUUGCUUGGAUCAACUGGACCUUCUAAUGAAGUCGAUGUGGAUAAUCUUGGAAUGGAAGAACGGAAACGGUUACUUGAUCGCCUUGUGAAUGCUGCGGAUGAGGACAAUGAGAAGUUCUUGAAGAGGCUUAGAAAUAGAAUUGAUAGGGUUGGGAUUGAUUUGCCAACAAUUGAAGUUAGGUUUGAGCACUUAAGUGUGGAGGCAGAUAUUAAUACAGGAAGUAGAGCCUUACCUAGCUUCUUCAAUUUCUACCUAGAUAUUGUUGAGGGUUUCUUGAAUUUGUUCCAUUUGCUUCCGAACAGAAAAAAACAUAUAACCAUCCUCGAUGAUGUUAGCGGUAUCAUCAAACCAGCCAGGAUGACUUUGCUCUUGGGCCCCCCAAGUUCUGGGAAGACAACGUUAUUAUUGGCAUUGGCUGGGAAUCUUGCUAAGGAUCUUCAGGUCUCAGGAAAGGUGACAUACAAUGGGCAUGAGUUCCAUGAGUUUGUACCCAUGAGAACUUCAGCUUAUAUAAGUCAAAAUGAUGUUCAUAUUGGAGAAAUGACCGUUAGAGAAACACUGGCUUUCUCUGGCCGGUUCCAAGGAGUUGGAUCACGUUACGAGAUGUUGGUCGAGUUGUCACGAAGGGAGAAAAAUGCGAACAUCAAACCCGAUCCUGAUCUUGAUAUCUACAUGAAGGCUGCGGCAUCAAAAGGUCAAGAAGCUAGUGUUGUCACAGAUUAUACACUCAAGAUAUUGGGGUUAGAAGUGUGCGCUGACACCUUGGUAGGUGAUCGAAUGAUAAGAGGUAUAUCUGGGGGGCAAAAAAAGCGUGUCACAACAGGCGAAAUGAUUGUUGGACCAUCGAAGGUUCUUCUUAUGGACGAGAUAUCUACUGGUUUGGAUAGUUCUACGACUUUUCAAAUAGUGAAUUCCCUAAAACAAUAUGUUCAUAUUCUUGAAGGAACUGCUCUCAUAUCUCUUCUUCAGCCUGCGCCAGAGACGUAUAAUUUAUUUGAUGAUAUUAUACUCCUGAGUGAUGGCAAGAUUGUGUAUCAGGGUCCACGCGAAAACGUGCUCGAAUUUUUUGAAUCCAUGGGUUUUAAAUGCCCAGAGAGGAAAAACGUUGCUGAUUUCUUGCAAGAAGUGACAUCAAAGAAAGAUCAGGAACAAUACUGGAUAACAAGAGAGGAACCUUACAGAUUUGUUACUUCUAAGGAAUUUGCUAAAGCAUAUGAAUCAUUUCAUGUUGGAAGGAGACUAAUAAAUGAUCUUGCAACCCCGUAUGAUAAAAGCAAAAGCCACCCUGCCGCUCUUACAACAGAAAAGUACGGUUUAAGCACAAAUGAGCUUUUGAAAGCUUGCUUUGAUAGGGAAGUAUUGCUAAUGAAAAGAAACUCAUUUGUUUACAUCUUCAAACUGGUCCAAUUAACUUUCAUGGCAAUUGUCACUAUGACUGUUUUCUUCCGAACUAAGAUGCAUAGAGAAGGUAUUGAAGAGGGAGGGCAAUAUGUUGGUGCGUUGUUCUUUGGUGUCACCAUGGUCAUGUUCAAUGGGAUGGCUGAGAUUCCAAUGACAAUCGCAAAACUACCUGUGUUCUACAAGCAACGGGAUUACUUCUUCUAUCCCACGUGGGUGUAUGCUCUUCCAACGUGGUUGGUCAAGAUUCCUGUGUCAUUUCUUGAAGCCGGAAUUUGGACAAUUCUCACUUACUAUGUUAUUGGAUUUGAUCCUAAUGUCUGGAGAUUCCUUAAACAUUUUUUACUACUCGCAAUAAGUAACCAGAUGGCUUCAGCACUGUUCCGAUUCAUUGGUUCUUCGGGUCGCAACAUGAUUGUUGCAAACACGUUUGGUUCAUUUUCACUUCUCCUACUAUUUUCGUUGGGUGGAUUCGUCUUAAAUAGAAAGGAUGUAAAAAAAUGGUGGAUUUGGGGAUACUGGUCAUCGCCAAUGAUGUAUGCGAUGAAUGGAAUAGUCGUAAAUGAAUAUCUAGGACAUAAGUUUAAAAAGCCUUUCUUGGAUACAACACUAGGGAAAUUUCUAGUUACUUCUCGAGGAAUGUUUGCAGACUCUUACUGGUACUGGAUUGCUGUUGGGGCCCUGCUUGGUUACACUUUAAUCUACAAUGUGUUAUAUGUUGUAGCUUUGAGAUUUCUCAGUAGUGAGUUUUUGAACCUUUUUAACUAUUUGCUGUCAGAAUAUUGUUGUAGAUCUUUUGUGACAUUUGAUAUGAUCUAUAUAGCAUUCGAGAAAGUACAAUCAAAUACCACAGGACAAGAAGACAGUGGAGAAUUAUCAUCCACGGCGAAUGCAGAAAAUGUUAACAAGAAGAGAGGAAUGAUACUUCCGUUUGAACCACAUUCCAUUACAUUUGAUGAUAUCAAGUACUCGGUUGAUAUGCCUCAGGAAAUGAAAGAUCAAGGUGUUACUGACGAGAGAUUGGUGCUUCUUAAGAAUUUGAGUGGAUCUUUUCGACCUGGUGUUCUUACAGCACUUAUGGGGGUUAGUGGUGCCGGUAAAACUACUUUGAUGGAUGUACUCGCGGGCAGAAAAACUGGUGGGAUUAUAGAGGGUGACAUUCGUAUUUCUGGGUAUCCAAAGAAACAGGAAACAUUUGCUCGGAUUUCUGGAUAUUGUGAACAAACUGACAUCCAUUCCCCUCAUGUUACUGUUUACGAAUCACUGAUCUACUCAGCUUGGCUACGAUUGCCAGCAGAUGUCGAUGAAAACGCGAGAAAGAUGUUUGUUGAGGAGGUGAUGGAGCUUGUGGAACUGAACCCAGUGAGGAAUGCAUUGGUCGGGUUGCCUGGUAUCAACGGGCUAUCCACUGAACAACGAAAAAGGUUAACAAUAGCAGUUGAACUUGUGGCUAACCCAUCUAUAAUAUUUAUGGAUGAACCAACCUCGGGUCUAGAUGCUAGAGCUGCUGCAAUUGUAAUGAGGACCAUUAGGAACACGGUUGACACAGGAAGGACAGUUGUGUGCACCAUUCAUCAACCUAGCAUUGACAUAUUUGAAGCUUUUGAUGAGUUGUUCUUGAUGAAAAGAGGAGGACAAGAGAUAUAUGUUGGACCUGUUGGUCACCAAUCUACCGAGUUGAUCAAGUACUUUGAGGGUAUCCAAGGGGUGAGUAAGAUUACAGAUGGAUAUAACCCUGCAACUUGGAUGUUAGAAGUCACCACUUCUUCCCAAGAAUUAGCUUUGGGGGUCGAUUUUACUGAACUUUACAAGAAUUCAGAACUUUAUACGAGAAACAAAGCGCUAAUCGCUGACCUAAGUCAACCACGUCCUGGUUCAAGCGAUCUCAAUUUCUCAACUCAAUACUCGAGGACGUUCUUCACUCAAUGUCUAGCUUGUCUAUGGAAACAACGGAUAUCAUAUUGGAGAAACUCUCCAUAUACUGCCGUUCGUUUCGCCUUCAGCACUUUCAUUGGACUAUUUUUUGGAUCUGUUUUCUGGGAUCUUGGUAGUAAAAGGAAAACCACGCAGGAUUUGAGUAAUUCGAUGGGGGCUCUUUAUACAUCAGUCAUCUUCUUAGGAGUCCAAAACGCAUCUGCGGUGCAGCCUGUUGUCGAUAUCGAACGAACUGUGUUUUAUAGAGAGCGAGCUGCUGGAAUGUAUUCUGCAUUGUCAUAUGCCUAUGCUCAGGUGUUGGUGGAAAUACCAUAUGUAUUUAUCCAAAGUUCAGUAUAUGGUCUUGUAGUGUAUUCCAUGAUAGGAUUUCAGUGGACAGCUGCAAAAUUCUUUUGGUUUUUGUUUUUCAUGUUCACUUGUUUGCUCUUUAUGACAUUCUACGGUAUGAUGACCGUUGCGAUUACUCCUAAUGCUGACAUUGCUGCGAUCAUUGCUGCUGCGUUUUAUGGACUCUGGAAUCUUUUCUCUGGAUUCAUAAUACCAAGACCUAAAAUUCCAAUAUGGUGGAGAUGGUACUAUUGGGCAAAUCCAAUGGCAUGGACAUUGUAUGGUGUUAUUGUUUCACAGUUCGGGGAUUAUGAUGAUUUGCUUACUGAUGGAGAGACAGUGAAAGGUUACUUGCGUCGAUAUUUUGGAUUCAAACAUGACUUCCUUGGAGCCAUAGCUGGUGUUCACGUGGGAUUGAUGGUUUUUUUUGCCGUUAUAUUUGCUUAUUGUAUUAAAAGCUUUAACUUUCAGAAGAGAUAAACUCCAUAGUGAAAGAAGAAUGAACAUGGUUUUAAAUAAAAGUUGAGUUAAUUAUUGAAUAACCAAUUACAUUGUUUGUUUGUAUGAACCAUACCAAAAUUAAGUACUUUCAAUAUUUUUCAAGAUAUCUAAUAAACAUUAUUGGUUAUUGU